AUUCGCCGUUCGACUGUUCGAGCACCACCAUGCGUGUGUGUAAUAUGAUACGUUUAUCAUAUUUUAUGCAACUAUAACCUAUCCAUAAUAUUGUUGUUAUCUAAUUCAAAUUGGUUUGUGAAAAUUUACCGUCGAUCUCGCUCCGAACGUAAAAAUGUUUAGCGGAAAAUGCACGAGUUCGGCCAGACUGGACGGCAAGAUCGCCAUCGUGACAGGGGCGAACACGGGCAUCGGCAAAGUAACAGCCAAACAAUUUUAUGCACUAGGUGCAAAGGUCAUAUUGGCGUGUCGGGACGUCGGAAAAGCGGAAAAAGCUGUUUCGGAAAUCAUGGCUGAAGUAAAAAGCGACGGCCUCGGACAACUGAUCGUAGAGGAGUUGGAUUUGGCGUCUUUCGCGUCGGUCAAGCGUUGCGCGAAAAACAUUUUACAAAAGGAAAAACAAAUUCACCUGCUCGUGAACAACGCCGGCGUAAUGGCUUGUCCCAAAGGAAAAACCCAGGACGGUUUCGAAACCCAAUUCGGUGUCAAUCACUUGGGGCACUUUCUGUUCACUUCGCUCCUAUUGCCAAGAAUCCGAAACUCGGACCCCGCUCGCAUCAUUAACGUGUCAUCAAGGGCGCAUACGAGAGGUUCAAUCAAUUUUGAAGACAUCAACUUCGACAGAAAUUACUCGGCUAUGGCAGCUUACAGCCAGAGUAAACUGGCUAAUGUGCUGUUCUCGAAAGAACUGACGCGAAGACUCGAAGGGACCGGAGUUCACGUGUAUAGCCUACAUCCGGGAAUCGUGAGCACCGAAUUGGGUAGAACGAUAGACGAAGUGUACUUCCCCGGCUUAUGGCUGUUGGGCCGCGUUAUUCUCUUUCCAUGGGUGAAGACGCCGGAACAAGGAGCUCAGACCACUUUGCACUGUUCGAUAGACGAAAAGGCCGGAGAGGAAACCGGACUUUAUUACAGCGAUUGCAAGGUGAGUGAACCAUCGGCAUUAGCCAAAGACCCGGAAUUGGCGAAAAAACUUUGGGAAAAAAGCGUGGAAAUGGUCGGCUUAAAGGACUACGAUAUGUUCAACUGCAAUGAAGACACGCUCCCCAAACCAUUGGAAAACGCCUAAAUCGUGAACGCUAACGUGUAUUUAAAACAAAAUGUAUUCAAUCAAUAUAAAUAGUUUUUAUAUUUUACAAAUAAAUUUUCAUUCCAAUCGCA